AUGUUGCUGUUGUCGGAGGCGCGGAAGUUGAGCCCUGCAAAGCGACUGAAUUAUGUCUUGACUGGAACACCUCGAAGCAAGCCCAGUAUCGACGAAGCCAUAUGCUCAUUGGCGCCUAGAACAGGAUCACACAGUGAUAAAUCACUCAGGAAUAGACCAGCAGAUUCCUCACUCGAGGCAUGUCGCGAAACAGUUCUGUUCCCUUCAACAUCGUUCGAAGCCACGAACGAUAUGGCCGGCAUCUUCGCCACACCGGAAUCUGGCAUCCCAACUCCAACACCAGAAGACGACAUGGACGACCAAGAGCCGCAGCAGUACAGGAGACCUAAGCGCAGGCUACCAUCCAAAGACUACAGCACCAUCCGCCAGAAUGAACGUUGCGCAAUCAGAGCUCACCUAGACAAAUGCCUCGCGAACCCAAAGACCCACAUGAUGGCCUCCAACGACCUCGAAACUUACCUCAUGCUUGAAUUCGAGAAGAAGUUGACUGAGCGUGAAAGAAAGGGCCUAGGCACCACUCGUUCGGAGUAUCCAAACAGGAGCGACCCAGCCGAUGAUAAGAGAUGGAUACGAAAGGUCUUCGCGCUUAGGCUGGAGCUGAAUGGAUAUGCGCCCGGACAAGAUGAGCGACGUGCUGGUGGAUCCACGGCUGGAGGGUAUGGUGGAUAUGGGUACGGAGAGGGUGUCGAUGACGAUGAGCCUGGCAUCACGACUGGAACUCGGAAACGUGCCCUGCCUGCUGGGUUUUAUGAUGAGGAUCAAGACUCAGAAGAGGAAUCACAGCACUCUGGACCGGCCAAGAAGCGGAUGCCCUCGAAGCUCAUGAGCGACAUCCUGCAAGACACUCCGCUAGAUGGCGCAAGUCGCGUGCGAAUGGCCAGCGCCGGGGAGAUGAAGGGUAGGACGGCCGGCGAGGUCAAGCCGACACUGGGUGUUGCCUGCAGCCGCAGCGUCGCCCUCCUCUCUGGUAGAAACCGGUCCCUCGCGCACGUAAAGCCGGCAGGCUGUAAGCUGACGGCCGCCACGCGAGGCUGCGUGGCAAACGCUAUCGUCGAGAACGAGAUCCGGAGCGAGAGGAGACAUUGGCGUUGGGUGAAUGGGAUGAUGGUGGUGUGGCCAGCAUUCGAGCGGAUUUGA